GUUCUACCUAUAGUGGCAGUUGCUCUUGGGUGGUGGUAGGGGAAACUACCCGAUGGUAUCUUCCAACUUUUCUGACUGUCAAGCAAUGUUCUGUCUGGUACAAGUUUCCAAUAAGUUGGCAAAGCGACUGUUUUGAAACGCUAAAUUAAAUCUCUGACGGAAGCCGAUACUGGUGUUUGUAAACAGUGGAUGAGUGGACAGUUGAUCAGUCGUGUUGCUGGAAAUAAUUUUCGAGCGUGUAAACGAACGUUACCAUUAUUUACUAAUGCAGUAGCGAGCACCUGCCAAAUUUCUGUUUGACAGACAAAAUUAACACGCAAUUUUAGUAAUUCAAUUUUUUUAAUUGCUCAGAAAAUCGGAGUGAAUUUUCUUGAAUUGGAACAUACUGGUUUUACAGAAAAAACCGUAAGGAAAUUUUCAUUACCCUUACUUUAAGUAUGUUAUAUGCCGUCUUACUGUUAUAAUGCAGCGAAUUCAACGAAUUAAUAAGAACUGUGACAUUUGCUGUCAACGUAAUUCUUAAGUGCUAUGUGUGUGUAGUACAUGCUCUUCUUUCUGGUUUAACUUAAAGAGUGCAAUUUUCUAUCGUGCUGAUGAAACAAGACCGAAGGAAAACCAUUAUAUAUAAGUAAACCUGUCAAAAUGGACAUUGAAGAAACUUGUAAGAAACUGGAUUUGCUUUGCAUAGAGGAACUGGAAAUAAUGGAAGAAUAUAUUCGUUGCAAGGUUGAAUUAGAAAAGCUAAUGAAAGCUGGUUUCCUGAAUAUCGCCAAAGCUCGUUAUAUAAUGGGAAAAACUUCUGUUUCAUCAUUGCAACUGCCUUCAGAAGAUGCUUCAGAUGUCACUGCACUAUGUAAGGUCAUUUUAGACAAGAAAAGUUCAACUGAAGAUAGAGAGUUUCAGCUCAUAUUAGAUUUCAAAGAACAAGGCAAACAAGUGGAUGAUGUGACUCCUGCUCCCCGGAAGAGAAACAUUACUGAUGAGAAAAAACUAAUGGAGGAGAAACCUGAUUCCAAAUUUAAGACUCAAGAUUCUGAUCCUCUUAGGUGGUUUGGUGUUUUAGUGCCACAGAAUUUACGGCAAGCACAAACUAACUUUCAGUCUGCCCUACCAUUGGUUAUUGAAUGUGCCAACCUUCAACUGAAGUUGUUAGAUUCCUAUGACAAACACAAAAAAGCUCUAAGGAGGAAAAAGGAUAUUUCUACAACAAGAUAAUGUAUUUUUUGGCACUAUAGUGAAUUAUGUACAUCUUGUGAAAUGAGCUGCCAACUUAUGUAUGCAUUCCACAUAAUCUUUGUGUUACUAAUAAAUAAGUGCAUGAAGCAUUAUUGAACAAAUUAUAUGUGGAGGUGGUGGUGGUGGUGGUGGUGGUGGUGGUGGUGGUGGUGGUGGUAAAGGAGUAAACAACGACCUGUAUAUUUUCUACCUCGAUAAUUUUGUUGUUGUAAUUGUUUCAUUUUUAUAUUGCUUUAAAGUUAAAAAAUGCAAACAAUGUAAGUAAAUAUACAUAAAUAUGUUGGAGCGAACUUGCAAUACCAAAGUCAAAUUUGAAUACAAAACUAUGGCUAAGAAUAAGAACAACAUCCAUCUGUCAGUUAUUGAAACUGAAAUGAAUAGACCAGGGCUGUUUCAAAGAUCUUGAACAUUGAGCUGUUUGAGCAAGGUUUUUGUCUUGAUGGGCUAUCAGAGAGGAGCACCAUUCAGAUUGGCAGAACCAAAAUGGGACAAGAUGUGCGAUGUAAGUUGAAAGCAAUAGACAUGUUAUUCAGCCUAAUUACAGUUUGACAUAUAAAAUGGUGUGGUCUUUUGCAAUUUCCAGUCUGGGUUAUACAUGAAAUUAAUGAUAUUUAAAAUAAUGUUACUUUAUCCACUAUAAUGAGUUAUAUACAUUAUAUCAUUGUAUUUACCAAAACUUUAUUCACAAUGAGAGUGAAGAAUCAGUUCAUUAGGUUUUUGCUUUGAAAAAUGCUGAGCUUAUAUUGACAAGGAACUGGUUUGAAAUCCAUGUCUGUGUAUCCUGAUAAGGUUUACAUGUUUUCCUUAAAACAAAAGAGCUGAAAGUUGGAUAAUUUCUUAAAGAAGCCAUCCCCACCCCAUCCUCCUCUAACUCUGUCAGAAUGACCUAAUGUUGCAUUUCAUGUCUUAUAACCACCAGUGCCUAAGUGUUAAAUUACUUAUGUGAUGUACAUUUGUAUGUAUGUUACUGCUGCACAAACUGUUUCUUCAAUGUGUAAAAAUGCCGAAUAAUUUUGGAGAAUUUUACAGAUGAAAACUAAUCUUGGGUAUUUUCUAUGGUUACCAUUAGUGAUGUGAAUAAAUAUAUCAUAUACUGAAUGAGACAUUUUGGGUGUACCAUAGUCGCAAAUAUUUUGACAAACAGGUUCAUUGUUUAGCAAGUUAAUGUUAAGAAUGUGAUGCUUAAGCUAAAAGCACUUACCAGGUGUGCAAGAAAUAUAAUUUUAUUUACAUCAUAGUGAGUGUUGCAUAAAAAAUUUAAUUUAUUUGUAGCCUACAUAAAAACAGCAGUCUUAACAAUGUGCUGUGAUCUUUAACAUGUUACUUAGAAAAGUAAGACAUUGUAUUUAUGAGGAGUUACAGUUUCUGUUUGUUUUUUGUUUUUGAAACAGUGUCAAAAAUGGUUCAAAUGGCUCUGAACACUAUGUGACUUGACAUCUGAGGCCAUCAGUCCCCUAGAACUUAGAACUACUUAAACCUAACUAAGCUAAGGACAUCACACACAUCCAUGCCCAAGGCAGGAUUCGAACCUGCGACUGUAGCGGUUGCGCAGUUCCAGACUGAAGCACCUAGAACUGCUCGGCCCCACUGUCCGGCAACAAUAUCAUGUCACAUUUUUUUGUUUCUCUGGCUGUGAAUUCUAGGCCCACUGUGAAUCAUGUGACUAUAGAUAGACUUAUGGUGAUUCCUAUCACAAAGUAUAUACCAAUUUUGAUACUGCAUUUUGUUUCCCCAUAUUUGUGUAACAAUAUUAGCAACUGGAGAAAACACUCAAUAAAAAAAUAUUCUUUACCAUUACUAGCUUAUGUUCACAGUUACACAGUAUUGAUCACUACCUUACAAAUGUUGUAACAUGGUUAAAACAAUUGCUGCAGAGAAUAUGAUUUUAUAUGUAUAGGAGCACAAAAAGUGAAACCAGUAACUAUUGUUAUAGGAUCAAGUACUUAUUUAUAUUUCAGGAAUUUAAUUAGAUUUUUGUUUAUUCAGUAAACCAUAAUUGUGGUCUCUCUGAUAUAUGACAUAUGCCAGUUUACAAAUACAAUAUAACCAACUUUCCCAGUAAAACAGCAUGACAACUUACUAACUGUUCAAAGGCUAACUCAGUUUCUCAGCAUUUGGAUUGAAUGUAAUGAUUACAGAAGAAAAAAGAAAAAGUAAUGUAAAAAAACCAUAAUUGUAAAUGUUGUCAUGAAGACCGUAUUAUGAAAAGAGUGUAACAUAUGUAGAUCACGCACAAAAAUUCAAAUAUAAGGCUUGGCCUAUAAUGAUUGUUUCUAAAUGAACAAAAACUAUUUCACUCUAUUACAGCAGAUACACUUAACUUUUUAAAAGUAGUGGCUUUUUAGGUACCACUGAUGAAUUGAAAUGUUUAUAUUUUAAUUAUCAUUAUGUUGAUGUUAGCAUGUGGCAGAAUUUGUCUAUAUCACUUUCAAACCAGUUAAUAGAAUUAUUUUUGUUUUCAGUGAAAGUGUGAUUCUUUUCAUUCCUUUCAUUCACAACAAUAUUUUGGUGGUUUGCAUAUAGUUUAAGAUAUUCUGUAGGAAGUAUUUACAAUCUAAUUGUGUCAACAAUACUUAAAAUUACGCAUUGUCAGAAAAUAUAGUUUUGGUGAAAUUCUCAUGUAAUGUGAUUUAAGUGUCCUCUUGCUGGAACCAGAAUUUUUCUUGUUGUUUGUUUGCUUGGAACCAAAAUAUUGGAUUUGAAGAGAUGAUUGAGAAUUCAAAUGAUAAGUACAUGCCUGUAUGCAGUUUAGAUGCUUCUGUGUAUCCUGUCUUGUUUUAAUAAGAAAGUGCCAUUUACUUUGA